GUUGGAUUGACUUUAGGACCCUUAUGUUACUAGCCUGCAUGUAGUGACUCGGGGUGGCUCCCCUCCUGCCCAGCAGAGGGAGAGCCCUUAUAGACACCCAAGUGGGCGGAGUCACCGACGCCUGUUCCCGCCCCCCGGAAGUCAAGGGGCGGUACAGGAAGUGUAAAAGCUGGCCGCCAGAGCUCAGUGAGGCCCAGCCACCGCAGGGAGCAGACGUGCGGCCGGGAGACCUCUGAGGGCCGAGGCUGUUGCCCUAACUAGCUUGAGCUACCCCGAGCCCACUAUGAGGAGGAGCCGCUGGAGCCCGUCCGCUCCCGUCAUUGUGAGGAGCAGUCAGACCUGCCUCGCGCCAACUACGAAGGCGAGGAGCCCCCAGAGCCCCUCUGCCCCUGCUGUUACCCGGAGGAGCCGCCGGAGCCUCAGUGGCCGGAUUUCCCCGAGGAGCUGCCAGACCUGCCACCAAGCCCCAGACCAGAGGAACCGAUGUUGCUGUACUGGCCCGAGCCCGGCGUGUUUCGGGCAGGAUACCCCACUGACCAGCAGAGUGGCGGCACCUGACUUGCUGGAUCCCAAAUCUGCCACUCAGAACUCCAAAUCACGGCUAUCGUUUUCUACAAAACCCACAGUGCUCUCGUCACCAGAGGAAUGUGAUUCGGCUAUUAAUGUUAUGAAAUGGAAGACGGUCUCAACGAUUUUUCUGCUGGUUGUUGUAUAUUUAAUAAUUGGAGGUACUGUCUUCAAAGCCCUGGAGCAGCCACGUGAAACUUCCCAAAGAGCCACCAUUGUGAUUCAGAAGCAGACAUUUGUAUCUGAGCUUUCCUGUGUGAAUGCAUCGGAGCUUGAUGAACUAAUGCAGGUCAUUCAUGCAAAAAAGUAACUUGUUCCUAUGUUUUAGAAGAAUGAAUUCUUCUAUAGCAAUGGUUCUGUAAUAAAUGGGACACGCUGUAUCAGCAUUUGAGCUGCAAAUGUAGCAAGAAGGCUAACUUAAGACAGAAAAGUUGGCAAUAUCAUUUUUAAAUGAGGCUUCAGCUGAAAAGUCAUUGCUAAUUGCUUUUUAAUGUUCAGUGUGCAUUAUAGACAACUUUUAAAUUGAAGGCUCCUGUGCUAAUUAAAUGACUAUUCAUUAGCAAUAUGUAUAAUUUAAUAGUUCACAAAGGAAUGGGUGUAUUGAUUGAGCCUUCCUUGCUUUGUCAAUAUUGGGAAAGCAGAGCAAGGCCAACCAUUACCUUAAGAAAGUUCAGAUUUAUCACUACUUUAGCAAACAAUUCUCUCUUUUAGCUGAACAUUUAUUUCCACAGGUUUUUGUUUUAAAUACAGCAAAAUAAUAUUAGCUAGCUAUUUCCAUUACAAAUCUUGUGGGUUUUUUUUGUUUUUUGUUUUUGUUUUU